AUGUACGAUUUCGAAACGUACCUAGUCCUUUUCAAUAAUCAUGCCCACAAACGCGAUCAUAUCGUCCGGGUGGACCUCGAUCUCAGAAAAGUUCUGCGCACCGACGCGCACAAAAGACGCCUGAUCUCCGUCAAAGUCACCUACGGUGACGACGUCGACAGCCAGGUGGAGGUUUUGCAUCAGCUACAGCCCUCACCCGACCAAAUCAGCUCCGAGUGGGGUGGGUCGCACGCCAAGAGCGCUUACCUCUUCUGCCUGCGGGCUGGCCCGAUCCCACUCCUGCCUCUGCAAAUUUUGCAACUCAGUCUA